GUGUUAAUGACUCUCUGGCCUCAUGUUGUUUCGCAAGCCCUUAGCUGAAACCACAGGGAAGAUAACAGGUCCUGGCAUACCCACAUCCCCCAUCUGGUGUAUGAGUGCCCCCUCAUAACCCAAACACACAACACUGACAGACUCUUCUUUCAAUGUAAAGACAAACUGAUGGAAGACAUGGUUCACUGUAGUCUGUGCUGCUGACAGAGGUUUUGUAACUGUGACUUAAAGUAGUUGGGGCAAAUGUGUUAUUCUUUUCAAAUAAAUUCACUGGGGUGGGGAUGAUCAGUUAUUGCUUGGGGUGUUUUGUGUGUCCUGUCAGUCAGAUAGAUCUUGGAGGAGGAUUUUAAUGAAUGAUAAAGGGAUUUUAAUGCGAUACAAUACCCCUUUAAUUGUGUUCUUAGAAAAAAAUGUAUCAUGUGGCUGAGAAAGUGAAGUGGUAAAUGAUUGACCGGCUGAAUGAUUAAUUGAAGGGCGACGUUCAUCUGUAUCCAUUGCGCGGGUGCGUCAGUGUCAUUUUGAAAAAGUUGGCAGUGCAACGGUUACGCGGAAUUCGGAGUGCGUCGAGUGGAGUGCGCCUUCUAAUUGUGAUCUGAAGGGCAAAGGAUAUGAGGAACCGAUCAUGACAAACCAAGAAACGCUGUCAAGGACAUUUUCUCUUUAUGGACUGCUUUGGCACGACGAACUUCAAUAUCUUAUUCUCAAAAGAGGACAUAUUGCUUAAGCGAAACGUCAUCUAUAGGCUCUUUCUCAGAGACACCGCUCUGUAUAGGCUACGCAGUGUCAUGAAAUGUGCGUGUGGCACCGUACCUUAUGUGAUUCAAGACAGUCGUGUUGGAACUUAAAUAAGGGAUAUUUGUCCUAUUUUAACGUUCCUUAAGACAAGGAUGCAAUAUUGAACAUUUUCUACUCAAGACUAUAAAUGGACCUGCAGUCACGCCACCCCUGACGCUCACCCACAGACCGUUUCAUGGGUUCCCGACCAACAAUGGGCGAACCUAACCGGCUUACAUGCCCAGACCUCCGGCUUUAGAAUAUUGGGUGACAUCAUUCAAAGUUCACACAACUCUUAGUAAAAUAGAGGCAACCAAAUUGUAUUGCAUUGAAAGUGAUCGACUGAGAUUUAUCAAAUUAGGCUAUUUGUAAGAGGCAUCAUAUCUGUGCGCUUGAUUGCCAAGAAUGAUUAUCGAUGGCAUAAGAUUAUACGUUGUUACAUUGUAGCUAAUUACAUUGUGUAAUUGUUCAUUAAUUAAUCAAGUUACAGUUUCAAGUCAAUCAUUGGAGUGUUUGCCUCCUCAUUUGCUCAUGGUUUUUCACGUUCAUGCGUAACGGUAUGGGAAUGCCACCAGCGCUGUCAUUUUAUAGGAUGGAACCUGAGGACAACAGAUGGAAUAUUGAUUGAGUGGAGAGAAAAGCAAAACACCAAUUAAUUGACCAACAUUUGGCGUGACUUUUGGUGUACUGCACAAUGGGGGUUUUGCUUCAAGUUAUUCUAGGAAUGUUCCUCUUGCUCUCAAGAAUACGCACGUCCCAUGCCAAGCUAGCCCACUGGAGACCUGCAGACACCACCCCCAAAUCCAGAGAAGUGCGUCGGUGGUUGGAGGUGUACUCUCGUAGUGUUUGUGAGCCCAGGGAUACCCUGGUGGAGGUGUGGCAGGAGUUGCCAGGGGAGACGCAUCACCUCUUCGUGCCCUCCUGUGUGUCUGUCCGCCGCUGUGGAGGGUGCUGCUCUGACGAGGCACUGGAGUGUGUGCCCUCACUCACACAAACUAUCACCAUGGAGCUAAUGAAGACCUCCUUUAUGAAGCAUGAGCUCAUCGAGCUGGACUUCGUUGAGCACAGCCAGUGUGAGUGCAGACUAAAACAGGAUCUUCAGUCAGCCCCAACCAGACCUGCAAAGCCUCUGAGGAAAGGCAGGGAAAGGGACAGAGGAAAAUCCAAAAGAAAGAAAAUUGGAACUAUCAAAACCACACCCUCCAAUCCCCCCACUACCCCGUUUCCUCUCCCUACCACCCUGUCUUCCUUGCCACGCUCUCGAUGUACCCCCUGUCCUGGGAGGAAGUGGACGCUGGAUUUACAGUCUUGUCUGUGUCACUGCAACGUGACCACAGAGAGCUGCAGUCAGAAAGGAAGGAGACUCAACCAGCACCUCUGCAGAUGUGAGGCCAUGAGGCGGUGAUGAUCUCUCUCCCCCCUCUCUCUCUCUCUCCCCUCUCGCUGUCUCUCCACUGGUUCCAAUGUCACUCUCAGCCAUGCUUAGCGCAAUCCUGGGUACCUCUCUGUCAGGGGUGGGGUGGAGAAGCAUAUUCCUAAGUACUCCCUUCUGUGGCCCCCCUUGUCCUCCAGAAACACCUUCGGGAAGUUUUCAGACCCCUUGACUUUUUCCACAUUUUGUUAGGUUACAGCCUUACUCUAAAAUUGAUAAAAUAGUUUUUUUUCUUCAUCAUUAAUCUAUACACAAUACCCCAAAGCAAAAACAGGUUUGUAGAAUAUUUUGCUAAUUUAUUAAAAAUGUAAAACUGAAAUAUCACAUUUACAUAAGUAUUCAGACCCUUUACUCAGUACUUUUGUUGAAGCACCUUUGGCAGCGAUAACAGCCUCGAGUCUUCUUGGAUAUGACGCUACCAGCUUGGCACACCUGUAUUUGGGGAAUUUCUCCCAUUCUUCUCUGCAGAUUCUCUCAAGCUCUGUCAGGUUGGAUGAGGAGCAUUGCUGCACAGCUGUUUUAAGUUAUCUUCAGAGAUGUUCGAUCGGGUUCAAGCUAUUCCUAUGUUGUCUUGGCUGUGUGCUUAGGGUUGUUGUCCUGUUGGAAGGUAAACUUUUGCCCCAGUCUGAGGUCCUGAGCACUCUGGAGCAGGUUUUCAUCACGGAUCGUUCUGUACUUUGCUCUGUUCAUCUUUGCCUCGAUCCUGACUCGUCUCCCAGUCCCUGCUGUUGAAAAACAUCCCCAAAGCAUGAUGCUGCCACCACCAUGCUUCACUGUAGGGAUGGUGCCAGGUUUCCUCCAGACGUGACGCUUGGCAUUCAUGCCAAAGAGUUCAAUCUCGGUUUCAUCAGACCAGAGAAUUUUGUUUCUCAAGGUCUGAGAGUCUUUAGGUGCCUUUUGGCAAACUCCAAGGGGAAUGUCAUGUGCCUUUUACUGAGGAGUGGCUUCCAUCUGGCCACUCUACCAUAAAGGCCUGAUUGGUGGUGCUGCAGAGAUGGUUGUCCUUCUGGAAGGUUCUCCCAUCUCCACAGAGGAAUUCUGGAGCUCUGUCAGAGUGACCAUCGGGUUCUUGGUCACCUCCCUGACAAAGGCCCUUCUCCCCCGACUGCUCAGUUUGGCCAGGCUGCCACCUCUAGGAAGAGUCUUGGUGAUUCCAAACUUCCUCCAUGUAAGAAUGAUGCAGGCCACUGUGUUCUUGGAGACCUUUAAUGUUUCAGAAAUGUUUUUGGUACCCUUCCCCAGAUCUGUGCCUCGACACAAUCCUGUCUUGUAGCUCUACUGACAAUUCCUUUGACCUCAUAGCUUUGUUUUUGCUCUGACAUGCAUUGUCAACUGUGGGACCUUAUACAGACAGCUGUCCAAUCAAUUUAAUUUACCACAGGUGGACUCAAUCAAGUUGUAGAAACAUCUCAAGGAUGAUCAAUGGAAACAAGAUGCACUUGAGCUGAAUUUUGAGUCCCAUAGCAAAGGGUCUGAAUUCUUAUGUAAACAAGGUAUUUCUAUAUUAUUUGUUUUAAUACAUUCUAAAAACCUGUUCUUGCUUUGUCAUCAUGGGGUAUUGUGUGUACAUUGCUGAGGAUAUUUUGUUUUUGAAUCGAUUCUAGAAUAAGGCUGUAACUUAACAAAAUGUGGAAAAAGUCAAAGGGUCUGAAUACUUUCAGAAACCAUUGUAUAUAUACAUGUGCACCAACUGUGUCUAGAUCUGUAUAUGUGCAGUCAGUCUCAUCAUCACACAGCUUCUUCAGGCACUUAGUCAACAUGUUUAGAAACGCCGUCUCCUUCACAAGGGACAAUGAUGGGACCAAAUGUAAAGCACAGUAUUGAUGUCCGGUAUCAUGAUGGCAGUGGGAGGCCAGGACGUUAGUUGUGGACACAAUUCAACACUCACACCUCCGCUUCUGUAUGAGACAUUGGGACAUGAAGAGGAUUUAGAGACUGAUCACAGAUUAGAUAUAACAGACAUGUUCAUGUUGAGUUUUGUUGUUGUCUUCAUAGACACGGUGGGUCAGUGCUGCCCAUGAACUGCAGUUGGACUUUUUUUGCAGAAAGACAAUGGCAACAGUGAUGAUGAUCCUGGUCUUGAAACACGUGUUAUAUUUUCUACAGGGAGACUCCGAUAGGAGAAUGAUUCCAGGGUCAAGUCAUUAAAGUGCAGUAAAGAUAUAGAAUAGUGAAUGGACACACACACACAUGGACAAACACAUGCACACACACACCAGCUAUGUGUAUAAAGCCGUCAGGCUGCACCCCCAUAGACCAAUAGCUAAGUGAGUUGAAUAGCUGCAUAGACUGUAUUUGUGUGGUCUACACACAGAUUGGCACAGAUGGGUUACCCUGCUGUCUCUCAUUCACAGUGUAUGGUCACAGGCUGAAUCACUGAAGGGUUUUCUGUCACUUGUUUGAUUUGGUUUUUGUCUCCAUCUUUCUGCUCCAGAGUGAAAGGGCUGUUCACGCCAACAGGGCAGUGAGGGGAAUGACAAUGAUGAAGCCUGGCUAUGGUCCAGGGGUUCACACACACACACACACACACACACACACACACACACACACACACACACACACACACACACACACACACACACACACACACACACACACACACACACACACACACACACACACACACACUUCUAAAUAUAAAUGAAUGCAGGUAUCUUAUAAGCUUUUGUUUUACAUGCAAUAUAAAGAGUGGAAAUAAGUAUAACAUUUUUAAAUCUAAAUGUUUUUUAUACUUCAUUUUAUUGUAUUUGUAUAAGUUGUUAUAUUUUGGCAUAAUUUUGUCCUGUUGACUUAAAAGAUGAUCUAUAUUAUGAAAUGUUUCUUUGUUUUUGUUUGUUCUUAAUCCGUGUACAUAAAGAGUUCCUCUGGCUGGCCGACUAAUACCACGAUGUAGACAUGAGGCGUCUAAACAUAUGGACAACUGUGUAGCAUUUAAACAGGGAGAGAGUUCUCAAUGGUCAAAAAAUCUGACACAAUAUACAUUAUAAUGUGCAACAAAAAUAUUCACCAGGGAAAUGUUGUCUCGUAAAAAGACAACAUGUAGUAUUAUACAGCAUUAUCUGGUGUUUGUAUUGUUUUGUGGAACUGAGAUGGGAUGGGUGUCUGGAACAUAACAGAUUUAUUUACUGAUAGAGUCUCUCCUACCCCCAUAUAGUAUGUCACUGGUGAAACAGGAUUUGGUCCAUAACUAUGGUCCAUGGCCGUGUCAGAAUUGAUCAGUGUUUGAACAACUUGGCCAUUAGCAUGGUAAGCAAGCUACAGAUACAGUUACGGGUCUAUUUACUUUGGGUAGCCAUCAAUCUGAAUCAGGGUGGCAGGCUUUCUGUCUGUGAGGGAUGCUUAGAGCUGUGUGGGUAAGGAUACAGCUUCAAUAUAAUAUUGGUUAACAAGAAUCUCAUUCAACAAACAAACAAGUUUCUCAUCAAGUUUCAAUACCUGUUAGCAGUUCUAGAACCCUCCUAAUGUAAAACAUAUUGCAAUUCCAGAACCUGAGUGUCACAUUCCUAAUGUAAAACAUAUUGCAAUUCCAGAACCUGAGUGUCACAUUCCAAGUGUUAUUCCACUGACAUUCCUUUUAUAUUGUCCUUUUAUUUUGAACUCGGUCUGAAAUGUUUAUUUUCACUAAGCAAUAAGUAUGUGGCCUCUGAUUCAUAGACUGGGAUGAGCAUACAAGUAUUUUAGCUGAAGUAGCAGAUUCCUCUCCACAAAUAAUGAGAUGACAACAUAUCAAUGAUUCUCCUGAAGUCUGCCUGUUAACAGAUAUAGCUGAGGGAUUUGUGAGCUGUAUGUGAAAAGUGUGUUUGAAUUCAGGCUCUGAGAUUGGUCCUGUGAUAGCAGUCAGACCAGACACUAUGCAGCUCUACUGAGUAUGUAUCCCCUCCCCUCUCUAUACAUUGAAGCAUCUGUGAGCUCCUCUCCUCUUAAUGGUGGCCUGUGAAUGCCAAAACAACCCCCCUGCUGUGUAGUUUGCAAAGCGUCAUUGUCAAACUUUGUGAGGGUCCACAGGAAACUGUCCGUGAGCCCACUCUCUGAGGGUGUCUCAGGGAGAGUUGGGAUACGCAAAAAACACAUUUACAAUUUACACAUGCAUAUAAUACACGCUUGUGUAUGUGUGAAACAGGACAGAUAUAACCACCCCACAUUAUCAUUAUGAAACUUGCCAGUUACAGAAAGACUUGGAGAAGGGACUAUAUUCUCCAUUCAUACAGUAAUAUACUACAAAUGUCCAUUACAUAUCCGACAUGAAUGUGCUGGUUGCUCCUCUUUUCUGCACGCACCUAGUCUUCCCUCAGCCACUGUGUUGUUGACCCAUGAGUUUGGCAAAGCGAGUCUAGAACAUACCCUAUCUACUGUCUAGGUAGACCUAUUCAAGCCCCAACUGUCUUAUACUCCGCUAUAGCAGGCAGACCCUGACUAAAUGUAGAUCAUAAUAAUAAUACUAUAUAAUGUCUUAUAUCCAACCACCAUCAUGUGUAUGACGUAGAGCAUACUUUAGAAUGUCCUGUAAUUCAUUCCAGCUAUACUCCCAUGUUACAGAAUCUACAAUUACAAAUGCGUUGUAAUGUGUAUAACACUGAUAUUGCUGCUACACCAUUUAUGCCCUAUUUGAUGUGUGUGUGCCGCUGUACCAUACCGUUUUGUGUCACAGUAUAUUAUGACGAUGAAUCAGUUCAAUGUCUAUGUAAACAAAGAAGCAUACUGUACUGCUGAGGAUGUUAGUACUACUAGGAAAUGUUCAAAACAAAACAACCAUGAUACAAUGUUCCAGAUAUUAUUAAAGGAAAUGUCUUAUUUUUCGUAAAA